AGUAAGUGAGAGAUGGCGGACGAGACAGGGCAAGGAGGGUACUGCGAUAUUCGAAAUCAGCAGCAUUGUGACAAAUCCAGAGGCUAUUUUUCGGUUUUCUUUUCACUCAUUGAGAGGCCAAGAAUGUUUGCCCCACUGCCAUGGACUGCAUUUCCUGAUGAUCAGACACAUUUCUGGGUCCAUUACAGCUUAUGCUGCAUAGGUCUUCUACUUGCACUGGUAACUAUGGCAACCCAGUUGGUCAAGCCUGCGCCCUAUGGUCGGCAUGGAAACGGAGGUGGAAACUGGGGCCCAAUGGUCCACCAGCGUGUCGCUCACACCUUAUCUGAUGCACCUCCUGGAGUUGUGUUCUUCUCACUUGUCUUCUUUUUGUAUGGAACACAAAGAGGAUAUGUUAACAUUGUGUUUUUCACUUUCUGGCUUUGCCACUAUGUGCACCGAGGCUUCAUCCAUCCAUGGGUCAUGAAGUAUAGUUCUCCCAAGACACCCGUUGGUAUUUCCCUGGCUGGCGUUUUCCCUAAUCUUUUCUACAGCUACCUGAAUGCAGAUUGGCUCGGUUCUGCAAAUUAUGUAGGCGAUUAUUACAUGGAUCCUAGAUUUAUUUUAGGGGCAGCUUUAUUCUUGCUUGGGUUUUGCAUUAAUAGAUAUGCUGACAUCAAACUGCGUAUGCUACGUCCUGAUGAAAGCUCUGGGUAUGCUGUGCCUAAGGGUGGUCCAUUUGAACUUGUGUCAUGUCCUAACUAUUUUGGGGAGAUGCUAGAGUGGUUUGGAUGGGCCCUAUGCACUUGGUCUGCUGCAGGUCUUGUGUGGUUUCUGUUUGGUUGUGGUACUUUCAUUCCACGUGCAAUGCAUAAUCACAAAUGGUACAAAGACAGAUUUCCUGAUUAUCCCCAAAAAAGGAGAGCACUUAUUCCUUUCCUUUAUUGAUGUUCUAUUAGGGACUCUAGACCUCCAGGUGCAUGUCCAGGAUUUGCUUUAGGGAGAGGACAGUCAGAGUUAUCGUAAAAAGGAUUCUAUCUGACAUCUUUACUAAGAAAUUACUCAUCUUUUGGCACCCUGCACCCCCACCCCCACCCCCGUGAGCUUUACCCCUGGUAUCUAUUCAAAUUAAUGAUUAUAUAUAGUGAUUAUACAUAGGUUGAUAUCUUUGUCAGAGUUUUCAGGUUUAAAUUAAAAAGUCUGUAACAUUUCAAUGAAAUAUAAAUGAUUAGGACUUCUA